AUGUAUUCGAGAAGCACUCUGCAGAAACAGCGUCGGGCGGUGCAGGUCGUCGCGGAGGACGACAUUAUAUCGAUCGCCUCGACCGCCACCACAGAUGCAGUGCCACCUCUCACCCGGUGUGCAUCGACUGCAACCUCGUUGACAUCUUCGGCAGACACAGACCUCGCGAGUAGUGUACUUGGAGAAGGACACGUGCUCGAGUCACAAGACGGAGUGUUGACGAUCCCGCUCCGAUAUCAAGAGGAUGCGGAUCUGUUGUGUCCGUUCCAGAUCCUCGACUGUGACCAGGUUUUUGCGGACAUCAUCCACUUCAAAAUGCACGUUUUUUCCCACUUUCGCGGCCACGAAUUACCCACCUCUGCCACUUGUUUCCUGUGUGACAAUAAGUUCAGCCAGCAGCCUGAUGAUGACCCAGCAUUUGCGUGGAAUACCAUGCUAUCACACAUGGUGCAUGAGCACUUUCGCAAGGGUCAACAGCUUGCAACGGUGAGGACUGACUUUGCCUUGAUGAGGUGGAUGUACAGCAGGAAGAUAAUCAGUGAGCAAGAAUUCAAAAGGACGCAAAUGGUACCACUGCCAACCCUGCUGCCAGGAGCGGCUCGCAGGCAGCUUGUGGACGUCGUGGCAGAGGUACCACACGCCCCGGCCGCAACACCGCCAGCUGUUAUAUUGGCGCACAUGGCACAGUCUGUUGGCUAUCAAAAUGAAUCUUUCACAGUCAAUGCAGGGCGCCGGCAAGAGAGACGUCGUCUUGACGCGACUCGAGCUACUGUUCGAGCCAGGAGUAAUAUGUGA